AUGUCAAGGUCCCAGCUUGAGCUGCAAAGUGUCGACGUUACCCGGAAGAGACGUGGAACAGGGAAGUGGCCUUUGAUUAGUUGGGCUACAACAAUCGCGAGUCCUGGAAGGGACAAAACCAAAGCAAUCUUUCAGCUUGACAGUUACCAUUUUAGGCAAAGCUUAACCCAUGUGAGUCAGCGUCAAAGCUCAUCUCUGCCAACCGUUUGGUCUUGCCCCGCACAGCUUAAGACUGCAAGCUUGUUGCGCCUGGCCUGCCGAGAGCCCAAAGUCAACCUCCUCGCUGAGGGGCAAGGUGUUCUUUGUGCAAGGUGUGUGAUUCGGGCCACUGCGCCGAACUUGCAGACGGUCGGAUUUUGA